GUUUCCGGUGAGGACGAUUUGAAAGAGGCGUUGUUCGUACAAGACCAGCAAAGGGGAGGCGGCAACGAGAAUCAACCAACAAGAGGUGGCGGCCGACUAGAAGGAACUGCCGUCGAGAAGUGGCGUGAGACCGGUGAUGACAGAUGCUGGGUAUUGAGGGGGUCUAAUUUCAAAAAUUCUAGAGAUCAUGGCUUAAGAUACAAAAACGUUUUUGGAGCCAAACCCACUCAGAAUGCCUCUUGGCUAUGGAGAUCAUGGCUUAAGGUCAGGAAUGGCAGGAAAACAAAGAUAUGGGAGCACCUUUGGGUUCCUAAUCUUUCCAAUCAAAAGCUGUUAAGCAAAAACUCAAAUGCUCCUAACAUAACCUGGGUCUCUGAGCUAAUUCCGGAGGAUAGUAUUUCCUGGACUGAAGACCUUCCCAGAAGAUGUUUCUCCAACUCAGAAUGUGGGGCUAUCCUCCAAAUCAAAACUCUGAGCAACCACCUUCAAGACAGAGCAGAAGCUCUUGGUUCUCCUCUUAUCCAAUUUUGGAUCGUGGUCCUUUUGGAUCCCGUGUACGUU